UUCAGUUCAUUUUCAUUCGUCUUUUGAAUUUUGCUUCGAUCGGUUGUGGUUGUCAGUCUCUACUUUGUGCAACCAGUUCUCUCGGUUCAAUUCGAAAUCGGUCGUAGGAAACUAAAACUAGGAGUGAUCGUUUAGCAAAGUCCCGAGAUCCGUUCGCUGUUCCCCGUCUCGAAUACACAACAUAUAAAAUAAACAAAAAGGAUUCCCCAUCAAAAAAGGUGUUAAAAGUAGCAAAAAGUGCAAUAAGUAAAGAAAGUAAAGAGACCACGUCAAAGUUUCAAAGUUGUAAACCAGAAUCUCGUCCAGAACAAAACAAAAAGUCCUCCCGAACAACAAACACCCACACACAAACACAACAAAAAAAUGAGUGUCUGUGAGAGCAAAGCCGUUGCGCAACAGCAACUGCAGCAGCACUUGCAGCAACAGGCAGCAGCGGUUGUUGCGGUCGCGCAGCAGCAACAGGCUCAAGCGCAGGCGCAGGCGCAGCAGGCUCCUCAUCAAGUGGUCGUGCCCCUCGCCCCCCAGCCGCAUUUGACCCCGCAGCAGCAGCAGCAGAGCACACAAAGCAUCGCCGACUAUCUGGCCCAGUUGCUCAAGGACCGCAAGCAGCUGGCCGCCUUCCCCAACGUCUUCACCCACGUCGAACGUCUGCUCGAUGAAGAAAUUGCACGCGUGCGCGCCUCGCUGUUCCAGAUCAAUGGGGUCAAGAAGGAGCCCCUGACUCUGCCCGAACCCGAGGGCUCAGUGGUGACGAUGAACGAGAAGGUCUAUGUGCCAGUGCGCGAGCAUCCAGAUUUCAACUUCGUGGGUCGCAUUUUGGGACCCCGUGGCAUGACCGCCAAGCAGUUGGAGCAGGAGACCGGCUGCAAGAUCAUGGUCCGAGGCAAGGGAUCCAUGCGCGACAAGAAGAAGGAGGACGCCAACCGCGGAAAGCCCAACUGGGAGCAUCUGUCCGAUGACCUGCAUGUGCUGAUAACCGUCGAGGACACCGAGAACCGUGCCACGGUGAAGUUGGCCCAGGCUGUGGCCGAAGUACAGAAGCUGCUCGUGCCGCAAGCCGAAGGCGAAGAUGAGCUAAAGAAACGUCAACUUAUGGAAUUGGCGAUUAUUAAUGGCACUUAUAGGGACACAACAGCGAAAUCUGUCGCAGCUUUCUCAUGCGUUGGCUCUGCUUCUUAUCUGUAUCCCGCAGCGUGCGAUGAGGAUUGGCGCCGCCUGAUGGCCGCUUCCGCCGACAGCCGCCUGCUGACGCCCACCGGCCUGCCCGGCCUCGCCGCCCAGAUCCGCGCCCCCGCCGCCGCCCCGCUGGGCGCCCCCUUGAUCCUGAACCCCCGGAUGACCGUCCCCACCACGGCGGCCAGCAUACUGUCCGCCCAGGCCGCCCCGACGGCCGCCUUCGACCAGACCGGCCAUGGCAUGAUUUUCGCCCCGUACGACUACGCGAACUACGCCGCCCUCGCCGGCAAUCCUCUGCUCACGGAAUAUGCUGAUCAUAGCGGCGCCAUUAAGCAGCAGCGUCGUUUGGCGACUAACCGCGAACAUCCCUAUCAGCGAGCACCGGUCGGAGUGCCAGCCAAGCCGGCGGGUUUCAUUGAGAUACAGUAAGCCACCCAACCACCCGCCCAGUCCAAGUCACCAAAAUCAGAAAUCAGAAAUGUUUCAUUUUGAAAUCACGUCAUAACAACAGAAGCAACCAUUUAACUUUUUUCAACAAAUCACGAAAGAAGAACGAACAACGGAAGUCGAACGAUUGUAUUUGCCUGCCAAUAGAUUACGGUUACCAGGCAACCAAUCAUUUUAGUUCAAUUAUUUUAACUUUGCGCUAUUUAUUUUGAUAUAUAUGCUGCUCAUAAAAUCCCUCCCCACCCCCUUGCAAAAACAAACGCACUGUAUAUUCGAUGAAACCUGGCCGGAAUCGUUGGCCAGGCCAGGCCGCUCUGCCCUGAUCAGAGUUCCGCAAAACAAUUGUCAAGCGCACCGCCUCCACAGAAGAUCACGGAAUCAGAGCAGCAGCAGCAUCCCAGCCAGGCCAAAAGCAGAGCCAAGUGUGUGUUGCGAAUGUGCAUAUCUGAAGCUAACAAAAACAAAAACAAAAACAAAAACCGUAACCAAAAGCCAGAAAACUGAGCCACCACCACAUGUCACUGACACAGCUACUAAAACAAUGAACCUCGAACUCUGAACCCAUUUUGCCACUCGAGCAGCAGAUGCAGCACAUGCGGCUCAUGCAACAUAUGCAACAUAUAUGCAAGACAUCCAACACUUGCAGCAGCACAGCAGCAACAGCAACAGAACAGCAGCAACAUCAGUAUGUAUUGAAUCUUGUGGCCAUUAAACUGUUACGUUUUGCCAGCAACAAAACAAAGCAAUUAAGCAAACAAUUGAUAAGAGAAUCAAACAUAGAACUUAGUUUAAUUAACAUAAUCUAAUGGAAAAUACAAGUUAGUUCUUAGUGUAAAAGUUCAACGAACAAAAACAUACUUAAUGCAAACCUAUAUAUAUAUAGAUAUAUAUAAUAUGCAUAUACAAGUCUGUAUAUAAUUAUCCCAAACCCCCAUAACGAAACUAAGGAAAAUCAUGUUAACGGAAUCUCAUCCAAGAAACUCUGCAAGCAAACAAAACUGUUUUAAUUUUUUUAACAUCAGCUCUUUUAACUCAAUUCUCAAAAAUGAAUCUUUCGUAAGCUAAGCGUUAGCCGCUUCUCCUUUUUUCAUACUAAGAUUUUUAAGGAUCGGGCGAAAUAUCUAUUUUAACUCACUUUUAUGUCGGAUUCGGACUUUCCCUAGUUCGAUUAAGCAUAAUCUAUUUUUGUUAAACUGACGCAAAUUCUUGUUAAUGAAGUAUUUUUUGAUUAUGUUAUAGUAGAUCUAUAUCGUCUGUAUAGAUUCCCUACCCCACUUCAAAUUGAUUGUGAGAAAAGUAAGUGGGGUCGAAGCGGGAAGCAUCAAUAUCAUAUUAAACACGUUUAACAGCCAUAUUUAGAUAAUGAAACAAACAUAAUAUGAUGGUAACAUCAAGCAUUCAUAAUGUACAAUUAACGAUAAACUUAAAUUAUUAUAAAUAUUUUAAAGCUAAUGUAUUAUAUGCAGAAAUAAAAAAUUACAUUUUAAACGAAUAUCUGUUCUGAAAAACGAUGGCCACAACAAAAAGGAAUUCUUUAAUUUAAAAUAAAUCCAAGCCGCCAAGAAUGGGCAAUGUUAAAACUUUUAACUGAAUAGUAUCGUUUUUAUUUGUAAAUGAAGUAGGGGAAGUGCAGAAGAUAGCAAAGAACAAAAAUAGAAGGCGAAAGUAAAUUGCAUUUAAUCUAUGGUACAAAGCAACCGCUGCACCCCACGUAGAGUUGUUGUAAACUUUAUUUUGAAUUAAAGAAUUUUCGAAAAGCUUUGUUGGGGAAUGGAAAUGUUAUCAAUAUGUGCCUUAAUCAAGUUUAAUAAUCGGCACCAAUCAAAAUAAUAAUAAAGAAGUAUAGAAAACCUGUUGAAAUUACUCUGCAAAUUGUGAGACUUAUACUCAGAAGCAACACGAAGUUCAACCACAUGGCAGUUGACUAACUAUAUAAUAAUAUUAAACAUAUUCUUAAUGUAUAAUAAUUCUUUUUAAUAAUAACGGCAAUCGUGCAAUCGUAGCAAACCUUGCUUAUGACGAGCUUAGAAUUGAUUUCAAACGGAAAAAGAUCAAAUUCUCUCGAUGAUUGUGUAACAGAAUGAAAUAAAAUCUUAAAAACAUUUAGUUAUAUGCUCAUUACAUUAAUCGAACGAAUGCUGUGCUCCUUAACAUCGCACCAGAAACAUUAUUUAUCCAUCGCCAGCAUCAUAAUUUUAACUGCAUAUUGUUGAGAAGGAAAUCAUCGAUUUAUUGUGAGAUAAUCCAUAUGUUCAAACCUAACAAUAUAUCUAAUACGCACAUGUAAUUACCUACGUACGUAGGAGUGUAUGUAUGUAUGUACGAUUAUGUAUAACUUUUUGCAAAAAUAAAUGUUUAUAAAAAACUAAA